UUUGUAACAAUACUUUCCGUAUUUUCGUCUCGAAAUUUUAAAUUUACCAAUUUAAAGUGUCAACAUCAUGAUCCGGCAUUUGCAAGUUUCGAAGUUUGCCGAUUGAGUGUUAAAAAACGUGGCAUCGUUUCGUUGGACAUCACUUGUGGAAUAUAUAAACCUCCAGUGACGAAUGUAUCGCUAAACAUUGCGGUUUACAAACGUGCGAAUGGCUAUCGACCCUUUCUGUACAAUGUAACUCAAGAUAUUUGCCAAUACUUUCAACACCCCUAUCGUUAUCCGGUCCUGAGGGUAUUAUUAUCGACUUUUGUUAAAAACUCCAAUAUAAAUCACACCUGCCCAUAUAAUCAUGACAUUAUUGUCAAGGAUUUGGUAUUCGAUGAACAAAUGUUCAAUCUUCUACCCCUGCCCGAUGGUGACUACAUGUUUAAAUUGAUUGUCUUUGCCUACAAUGAUCGGAAAGCUACCGUCAACGUCAUGUUCACAAUAUCCCAAUAA